AUGUCUCGAAUAAGAAGCCCCGAACUAGCCCCACCACCUUUUACUAACGAGUCGGCCUUACCACCACCACCUCCUGCUAACAAACCAGACUCACCACCACCACUUAAUGCCUUUGCAAAGCUUAUCCAAGCCUAUGUACAUACCAAUGAUGCUUCAACUCUCAUCACCAAAGGGGCUAUAGACGGUUCGAUUAAACUGAACAAAGAUUCAGUCUACCAUCUAGAAUCUUGUCAAGCGCCAAUAUCUACAACAAAAGAAGCUCUACAAGUGGCGACAUCCCAUCUUUUGCAAGCUACACUCGUCAAGCAAGGUCAAUCACUAAGCCAUAUUAUACCUUUAGAGGAUGACUGA